GGCCGGGGCGCGGGCGGCAGCACGCACGGCCUGGGGCGCAGGCGGCCGGGGUGGGGGGCGGGGGGAGGGUGUGGCUCGGGCGCCCGAGUCGCGGGAGUGGGUGGAGGGCCCGGGCGCUCCGGCCUCGCCAGCCGGAGCCAACUUGCGCUAGAGUCGGGGCCGCCCCCUAAGGGGUUAAUUCUUUUCUCAUGUUACCGAGCGGCUUAUAAGGAGGGGGAGGCCAAGCCUCCGCCUUAUUGGGAGCCUUUUGGGGUUUAUUCUCUUCCCUUCUAACUUGAUUAAGAAUGACCCAAAAUAAAUUAAAGCUUUGUUCCAAAGCCAACGUGUAUACUCAAGUGCCUGAUGGAGGAUGGGGCUGGGCGGUAGCUGUUUCAUUUUUCUUCAUUGAGGUCUUCACCUAUGGAAUCAUCAAGACAUUUGGUGUCUUCUUUAAUGACUUAAUGGACAGUUUUAAUGAAUCCAACAGCAGAAUCUCAUGGAUAAUCUCAAUCUGUGUGUUUGUCUUAACCUUUUCAGCUCCCCUCGCCACAGUCCUGAGCAACUGUUUUGGACACCGUCUGGUGGUGAUGCUGGGGGGUCUGCUUGUCAGCACUGGGAUGGUGGCCGCCUCCUUCUCACAAGAAGUUUCUCAUAUGUAUGUCGCCAUCGGCAUCAUCUCUGGUUUGGGAUACUGCUUUAGUUUUCUCCCAACUGUAACCAUCCUGUCACAAUAUUUUGGCAAAAGACGUUCCAUCGUCACUGCAGUUGCUUCCACAGGAGAAUGUUUCGCUGUGUUUGCUUUUGCACCAGCAAUCAUGGCUCUGAAGGAGAACAUUGGCUGGAGAUACAGCCUCCUCUUCGUGGGCCUGCUACAGUUAAACAUUGUCGUCUUCGGAGCACUGCUCAGACCAAUCAUCAUCAGAGGACCAGAGUCACCAAAAGUAGUCGUCCAGGAAAAUCGGAAAGAAGCACAGUAUAUGCUUGAAAAUGAGAAAACACGAACCUCAAUAGACUCCAUUGACUCAGGAGUAGAACUAACUACCUCACCUAAAAAUGUGCCUAGCCACACUAACACAGAACUGGAGCUGAAGGCUGACAUGCAACAGGUCCUGGUGAAGGCCAGCCCCAAGCCAAGUGAAAAGAAAGCCCCGCUGUUAGACUUCUCCAUUUUGAAAGAGAAAAGUUUUAUUUGUUAUGCAUUAUUUGGUCUCUUUGCAACACUGGGAUUCUUCGCACCUUCCUUGUACAUCAUUCCUUUGGGCAUUAGUCUGGGCAUCGACCAGGACCGCGCUGCUUUUUUAUUAUCUACGAUGGCCAUCGCAGAAGUUUUCGGGAGGAUAGGAGCUGGUUUUGUCCUCAACAGAGAGCCCAUUCGCAAGAUUUACAUUGAGCUCAUCUGCGUCAUCUUACUGACUGUGUCUCUGUUUGCCUUUACUUUUGCUACUGAAUUCUGGGGUCUAAUGUCCUGUAGCAUAUUUUUUGGGUUUAUGGUUGGAACAAUAGGAGGAACCCACAUUCCACUGCUUGCUGAAGACGAUGUCGUGGGCAUUGAGAAGAUGUCGUCUGCAGCUGGGGUCUACAUCUUCAUUCAGAGCAUAUCAGGACUGGCUGGACCGCCCCUUGCAGGUUUGCUGGUGGACCACAGUAAGAUCUACAGCAGGGCCUUCUACUCCUGCGCAGCUGGCAUGGCCCUGGCUGCUGUGUGCCUCGCCCUGGUGAGACCGUGUAAGGUGGGACUAUGCCAGCGUCCUCAUUCAGGUGAAACAAAGGUAGUGAGCCAUCGUGGGAAGCCUUUAGAGGACAUACCUGAAGACUUUCUGGAAAUGGAUCUUGCAAAAAAUGAGCACAGAGUUCAGGUGCAAAUGGAGCCAGUAUGACACAGUUUCUUACAACAGCCACUGUGCCGGCUGGAGAGGGAUGGGGUGGGCCCAGCGGGAACACAGCAGGUCAAGGAGCCAACCCCUCCACUCUACUUUCAAAACUACAUUUUAAAGGGAAUGUGUAUGUGGAGAGCACUACCAACAUCUUUUUUUUUUUUUAAGCUUUCCUUUUUGCUUGUUUUUAAAGCCAAAACAAAAAAACAACCAAGCACUCUUCCGCAUAUAAAUCUGGCUGUAUUCAGUAGCAAUACGAAAGAUAUGUAAAAAGACUCUUUGGUUCACAUUCCGAUAUUAAAAUAGUGACAUGAACUGGCAAAGUGGUUGUAAAAGCUUUCACAUGGGAUAAAUGAUUUUCUUUUUCUUCUCUUCCUUCCUAUGGUCUUGUCUGAAUCAACUACUAUCUUGAA